AUGCUGAAAUAUAUUUUAAUAAUUUGUACUUUGGCAUUAUAUUUGCCAUUGGAAAUAUCAAACAAGCCUCACAAGAGUGCCAAGCCAAAACGGGCGGAAAAAGAAAAAAAAAAAACUCCGAGUCGUAAAGGUAUUGAUAAUAUUGAAAAUUCUAUUAUGAGAAAGGUUGAAUCCAUUAACGUUGCGUUUGAUCCCAGUUCUAAAAAGUUUGUUCCAUCAAAAUCAAGAAAAUCACACAUAGUUGGAGGCUUUAGUCAAAAUACAUCAGAUGCAGAAGAUGUCGAGAAAAGUAAAUAUGAAAAAGCUAUUCGCUUUUUUGAAAAAUUAAAAGAUGAAAUGUUAAACCUUGCUACAAAAAUUAACAAUGAAUUAGAAAAUCAAAAUCACACAACAUUAGAUCAAUAUAAGAGUGCUUCAAUUUUACUAAAAGAAAGUUUGGCUACAAUGCACUCAUUAGAUGUAGUAAGAAAUAAUCCAGAUAUUAAUUAUUCAAAAUAUACAGUGGAUUGGUAUACAAAUGCAACCCUAAAAGAUAAAUAUGACACUAAGAAAAGUAUAAAAAAAAGCAUGGAAAAAAUGUUUAAGAAUGCACACAAUUCAAAAAAAGUUGCAAAUAAAAAAAUAGACUAUAAUAUCGAGCAACUUGAAGUGGACCUACUAAUGCAAAAAUUUGUAACUGAAAAUACAAAUGUAAUCAAAUUAUUAAAAGAACACAAUAAUAAUACUAAUGAUUAUAUGUCUCCUAUGCAUAAUGAUGUUUGUGGACAAUUAGGAAGUAUAUUUGUAAGCUACCUAUUUGAAAAAACUUUCAAAAGUUCAAUCAAUAAAAAUUUAGGUUUCUUCAAAAAUUAUCUUCCUCGUUUAAAAUUUAGAAUACAAACUAUGAUUCAAAAUGGAACUCUUUUACUAUUGGAGAAACGAUUAGAUGACUCCUUGCAUUCUUUUAAGAUUAAAAUUGCAGAACUUAUGCAAAACAAAUUUGGAUUCAAUGAUAUGUGUUCUGAAAAAUGUCUAUUAGAUACUGUUAAUGCAGAUUAUAGUUUAAAAGAAUAUGAAAAAAUAUUUAAACCCACUAAUACAUUACAACGAAGAGCAGACUUGACUAAAUCAUUAAUGUAUUACUAUAGAAAUGAAUUAUUUAAUAUAGAAGCAUCUGCUGAUUUUAUUUUAAUAAUGUUACUUUAUCUACAUUCUGCUACUGAACUUUCAGAAAAGGGAUUUUUAGAUGCCAGUAUUUUACACACUUCUGAUAGAUUUAAUUUAAUAAAUAAAACUAUUGAUAAAAAUAGAGAGAAAAAAGAAAGUAAUCUGAUAAAUUUUAAAAAAAUGGCUCCCUUUAAUUUUUUUCGAGAGGAACCAGAAGAAAAGUCUGGGAAUGAAUCAAUAUUUGCAAUCGAUGAUAUCAUAAAAACAUGCUCAUUAGCAAAACGUUCAAAACAUUUUAAUUCUUUAUUUGAAUUAACAAAAAAUCUAUGGAAAGAUAUUCAAAAUAUUUAUGCAGCUUCUUACGGAUUUACUGAAGCAAAAAAAAUAAAAAUUGGAAAAUUUGUUGCCUCAAAAAUUAGAAAUGUUGGUUUUAUAUUUAGGUGGUUUAGUAAUAAUAAACCAGCACUCCCAAAUGUAAAUUUCUUGGUUAAUAAUUUUUCACCUUUACUUUCUAUAAGCUUACAAUUAACUUUUUUUAUAAGUACUAUGAUUGAACAAUAUGAAUCCAGUUUUCUCAGUAGUUUUUCGGCAGUUCUAAAAAAAAUUUUCACUUUAGGUAGAAGUGGAGCAAAUCCAAAAAACUAUGAUGAUUUAAUUGAAUUUUCAGAAACAAAUUAUUUAUUAAAAUAUGCAAAAGUCGAUAGAGUUCAAAGAAUAAUUACUCAAAUAGUUACAAUGUUAAAAAAAAAAUUCUUAUCUUUGCCUUUCACUCCUACACUACUUGCUCAAUAUGUAUCUAUUUUCCUUUCAUUAUGGGUGUUUGAAAAUGAAACAGAUAUUUCAUUAAACAAUAGUAACAUAUCAAGAUUUAAAAAAUUGUUUUUUCUCACCUACUUUGUCCAUAAUGAUGGUCCUGUUGAGAAAGCUGUUGACAUAAUUUAUAGUAGAUGUAAAGGUAAAACAGACAAAAUAGUUUUAGGUUGUAUACAGGACUACGGUGGAAGAGAAAAAAAAAAAUUUUUCGGUUUAAUAAAUAGAAAGUGUAAACCUACAAAAAUUAGUAUAAAGAAACGUAGUAUUCGUAAAAUUUUGAAAAUUCUUAUGUCAUCUUUAACUAACCCUUUAGAAAUUUUAAAAAUUGCUGUUGAUACAGCUACAAGAUGUGAUUAUUUUGGUCGUAGUUCAUCAUUAGAAAAUAAUAAAAUGAAGAAAUCUAAAAAAAAUAAAAUAAAUUAUGAUUUAUUUAUUAAAUCAGAAUUAUCUCUCCGAUAUAUAUGUGCCACUGUGACAAAGAAAAUUGUUCAAAAAAUUAUAAGAGAUGUUUCACGACUUAAAGAUAUGAGUCAAGCUCAAGGUAUAAUUGAUCAAACAUUAGACAGUCUUCAGUAUUUAAAAAUAAAAAAUUAUAGAGAUGAAAGUAGCAGUGUUACUAUUAUUUGUCCUUUUAUGGAAGGAAACGAUAAAAAUAUAAGAGAAUUAGAAAGAAGUCAAAUAACUUUUUUUGUUUAUAAGAACAUAGGUUUACUUAAAAUUAUUAAGGGAAAAAUUAUAAAUAUCUUUAAGAAAUCUAUUUCAACUAGAGAAGGUAUUAAAUCAGACAGUGCUAUUUAUAUAAAAGUUGGAGCUCGAAAAUUUAAUGGACUUCUUUACACCGGAGGAUAUCAUCUAAACGUAGAAAAUUCUGAAUAUGAUACUCUUCAUAUUGAAUUUUCAGAAUCAAGAAAAGUGUAUGAUGGAAGACAAUUUGUUGAUGAAUUAUCUAUAAUAAAAGCAGAUGGUGUUAAAAGUAUCGAAAUGAAAGGAAUAAAUGAGGGAUAUCAAAGAAUUUACGUUCUUACCGAUGGUACUAAGGUAACAGAAUUUGAUUUCGCCAUUCAGAAUCCCGACGCUGAUAUAAUUGUUUUUGAUGGAUACAAUUAUGUUUCAUCUCAUGCUCUUCGUUUUAUGGGAAUAGAAGACGAAAGACUUGUUUGGGCAGGAGAUAGCAUAGGAUGGACAGCUGAAUUUGCUUUAGGUCUCAUUUCAGAAAGUCCAGUACCAAUUUUUGAUGGUCAUGCGUGGGUUUUACUUGAUAAAUUAAAUAUCAAGAGUAUAUUAGGCGAUCAUUUACCAAAGGAUGUAGAUGGAAAUUUACUAGCUAAAAAUGUUAAUUUUAUUGUUUUAAAUAAAAGUGGAAAACAAAUAAUGAUAGAUGAAACACCCGUUAUAAAUUUAAAGUAUGCAACACUUACGUUGUCUGGUAUACUAAAUUUUGUUACUAAGGCUGAAAAAGGAAAAGGUAAUGAAAUAAUUGUUCAUACCAGAAUACCGUAA